UUGUGCCUUUUAACAGGGUUGGUUUAUUGUUCAAAUCUUAGCCUACCGUGUUGUUUUCAUUGUAUUAUUACAGUACGUAAUAAUUGUUUUUACUUAUGAGUGCCCUUCAAAUCAAUUCAAUGUACAAGGAAUAGAAGGUAUGGACUGUUUUAAUGGCAACAUCAUCGCUUGCGUGGCCUGAUUGUGGUGCUUGUAUGUGUAUAAGUGGUGAUUGUAUGUUAUUGUUAUUCGUUCAGUGUCGUUCGGGCCCUUGUCGAGUGCUUCUGAACAGGGUUGAUAUUUGAUUGUAAACUACUGGGCUUGACCCUGUAGUUAACAUUGUAUAAUUGAGAUCCCACGGUUUAGUUGCAAGGCUAGUUCCUGUUGUAUCAUUUUAUUUAGGUACUUUAUAACCACGUGCAACUUUCAGACACAGACAUAACUACGCAUGAACAAAAAAUCGCGGAACUAUUUGGUCAUUACAACGAAUGGAAGGAGCACGCUGAACAGUUGCAGGAAGAGGUUAGGUCCCUUUCGUCAUUCAAGGAAGUAGUCAAUCAUGCCUAAGUAGACUACAAAGCACCCGGUGACCCCUUCUUAUUCUAUAUAAAUGAUGCAAUCGCGUUCGAAGUCAAUUUUCAAGCUCAGUCAAGUGUGACGUAAUUCCUCCGCUUUCGACACAGACUUUUGGUAGAAGGGAACUAAUGUGUAAUAAUAACUUGUAUAGACAUGAAAGUGAUACGUAAACAUGUGGCAGUUUAGGGGUUUCUUCUAUACAAUGUAAAAUGAGCCAUGUUCGGAAUUUAGCGUUAAACAAAACAUUCUUCCAGUAGUGUUUACAUCAUGUACACUACAAGAUUAACUAUAUAAUAUACCUAAUGUAUUAAAUAUUAACAUAAAGUGAACAACUUUAACAGUAUACAUAUCCUUUUGAAUUCAGACAGCAUCCUAAUAGCGAUAAUAAUCCAAACGUGUUUGAACACGAAGUGUGGGAUCCCAUGUCGACAUAUUGUCGUUAUUAAUAUUGCGAUGACGUAAGGUUUGCGCAAUUCAUUGAUUUAUACCUUGCGCCAAAUCAUUCAUUUCCAACACAGACAUCCUGCAGGCCGUAUGACAAAAUGUGUCAUGGGAUAGAUAAAAGAUAGCAGUUAAACGUCUCGGAUUAAAAAGCAGUGGACAACAUAGCAGCGAGCAAAAGAGCGACAGUCAUGACGUACCAAUGCGAGGUCUGCAAUGUUACUUUCUCCAAACUGAGUCAGCUAUUACAACAUAGAAGAACCGAGAAUCAUUGGCCAAAAUAUACAUGCCCGACCUGCAAGAAAGACUUCACUAGGAAGAAUAACUUAAAGCAACAUAUGAAAAAACAUGAGGACGAAAAUAAUCACCACUGCCCCGAGUGCCUUCGGGUAUUUACGAGAAGUGAUGCACUUGAGGAGCAUUUCUUGCAACAUCAAAACCAAAGUGGUGGCGGAAGAAAGAGGACUAGUGAUGAUGACACAAAUUCUAACGGAACUCGGAAGAGACAAAAAUUAACUGCAAAAGACGAUGCGAUGAAAUAUUAUCAAGUAGAACAAAUUAGUGAAAGAAGGAUAGAAAAAUUCAACACAACUGCAUCAUAUUACAAAAUAACAGUACAAGAUAUGGAAAUCAGGGAACUUCCAAACAUAAUUAAAACUUUAAAACAAAUUUUUCAAUCAAUCAUUGAAACCAUUGCAGGCAACAUACCAUCGUCCGACAAAGUAAGAGUUACGAUGGAUAAUCCGCAAUUGGACUUUCCCAUUGUCCUUCCGUUUAUGCGAAGGUCUGAACUUACAGUCGACAGACUUUUGUCAGAAAUAGAGAGAGUGCUUCAGUCGUAUGAACAGUUUGUGCUUGACGAAACGUUCGGGUUGGAAUUCGUUCACGUGCAUUUGCCUACUGGAAGUGGAUUUCGGGGGAAACCUUUUGUGGACAUAUCAAAGUUAUUAAAUAAUAAAGGAAGUGUCAUUCAAAUAAGAAAUACGGAUGAGGUUUGUUGUGCACGCGCCAUAGUUACAGCGAUAGCGCGCAUAGAAAAACACCCACAGUGGAAUAAUAUACGCCAAGGCCACCAUGCACAGAAACAACUGGCACUUAACUUGCACGACAAGGCCGGGGUGCCUCUGAAACGCUGCGGUAUUGAAGAAGUAAAACUGUUUCAAACAGUACUUCCUAAAUAUAGAAUCAUUGUUUUAUCGAAGGAACACUUCAAUGCUAUCAUCUAUGAUGGACUGGAUGACGGCGUGCCCAUUUAUUUGUACUCGCACAAUAAUCACUUUGAUGUCAUCACGACAGUCGCAGGAUUUUUGAAUAGAAGUUACUUCUGUCUACAAUGUAAGAAAGGUUACAGUAACAAAGAGCAACAUGCCUGUAACCAUCCUUGCGUCCACUGUCAUCGUCUACACGAGGACGACUCUCUUAACUGGGAACAUUGUACCGGCUGCAAUCGCAAUUUUAUAAACGAAACGUGUUUUGCAAUGCACAAGCUUAACCACGACAUUGGCUCAUCAACCUGCAGUAUGUAUUACAAAUGUAAGGAUUGCGGACAAGCAAUUAAUGUGCGGAAACAUAAGAAGCCUCACGUAUGUAAUGAAAAAUACUGCAAAACAUGUAAGGAAUUCGUGACAGAAGAUCACCAGUGCUUUAUGCAGCCAAUCGAGGUAACUAAAUCCGAGGGAGGAACUAUUAAAAAGAAAACAAACGGCACAAAAUAUAUAUUUUUUGACUUUGAGUGCACACAAGAUCAGCAGCUUCAUUGCGAAAAAGGAUAUCUAUCUGGGGUAAACGGAAAGUGUGUCAAUUGUAAUAAAGCAACCUGUGGUUCUUAUAAACAUGAACCGAACUUGUGUGUCGCGCAAAGAGUAUGCCAUCAUUGCCUAAAGUACGACUUGUCAAGCGAUUCGGAGUGUGAAUAUUGCGGCAAAAAUGAACUGAUUUUCAAAGGCGAUCAGACCACUCGGCGGUUUUGUAAUUGGUUAUUUUCUGAAGAAAAUGUUGGUGCCACCGUAAUUUGUCAUAAUUUCAAGGGUUAUGACAGUUAUCCUGUUCUGCAAUACCUGCAUGAAAAUGCCAUAUUACCAGAGGUCAUAACAAACGGAACAAAAUUUAUGUCCAUUAAAGUUCCUGUUUGCAAAAUACGCUUCAUCGACUCCAUAAAUUUUAUUCCAAUGGCAUUAGCGGAUAUGCCCAAAUCAUUUGGAAUUGCGGAACUCGCAAAGGGCUACUUUCCGCAUCUAUUUAAUCGACAAGAAUACCAAACCGCGAUACUCACGAAGUUACCAGACAUGAAGUACUACUACCCAGAUGGUAUGAAAAUAGACAAACGAAUGGAGUUCAUGGCAUGGUAUGACAUUCACAAAAACGACGCGUUUGAUUUUCAAUAUGAACUGUUAAAAUACUGCCGAUCAGAUGUGGACAUUUUGAGGAAAUGCUGUCUGAAGUUUCGCGAGCUGUUUCAGGAAAUAACACAAAAGAGUAAAGUUCCUGGCAUUGAUCCGUUUGAAAAUUGUUUGACCAUUGCCUCGGCAUGUAAUCUGGUGUUCCGGCGAAAUUUUCUGGAACACGAAAGUAUUGGCAUUAUUCCAUCUCACGGUUACAGACCAGAAGAAAAACAGUCAAUUAUGGCCUAUCAAUGGAUGUCAUAUCUAGCGCACGAAAAUCAAAUCAACAUCCAACAUGGCAGGAACUACGGCGAAAAGCAAAUUGGGCCGUAUAAAGUGGAUGGGUAUUACGAACGCGACGGUGAAAAGGUGGUAUUGGAAUUCCAUGGCUGUUUUUGGCACGGAUGCCAGAAAUGUUUUUCAACGACAACAAUUAAUCCUGUCAAUGACACGAGUAUGGGCGAAUUAUAUGCGAGAACCAUGGCAAAAAAAGCUUUUAUAAAAUCUGAAGGUUAUUCCUAUGAAUCUAAAUGGGAAUGCGACUUCAAAAACGACAUGGAGAUCAACCUAGACAUGAAACAAUACAUACACAACCUUGAAUAUGUCUGCCCUCUUGAACCAAGAGAUGCUUUCUUCGGGGGUCGCACAGAAGGGUUCAAAUUGUAUGAAGAAGCGUCAAGUGAACAAGAAAUAAACUAUUAUGACGUGACAUCAUUGUAUCCAUAUGUGAACAAAACUGGGAAAAUACCUUUGGGGCACCCCGAAAUUGUCACCGAAAAUUUCGAAAACAUAACCGAAUACGAAGGACUGAUCAAGUGUAAAAUCGUACCUCCUCACGGACUCUACAUACCCGUUUUACCCGUGAAAUCGAAUAAAAAGCUACUUUUUAGCCUGUGUAGAACAUGCGCAGACCAGUACCAGCAGUCGCCAUGUCAGCAUACUGAUAAUGAAAGAGCUUUCCUGGGUACUUGGGUUACAGACGAGGUAAAACUGGCAAUAUCGCAGGGUUACAAAAUUGUGAAAAUCUACGAAGUUUGGCAUUUUGAAAAUAUUUCGCAGUAUGACCCAGACUCCAAAUGUGGCGGUUUAUUCACUGAAUACGUGAAUACCUUCCUGAAACUAAAGCAGGAAGCAAGCGGUUGGCCAGAAUGGUGCAAAACAGAAGAAGACAAGCAAUGGUAUAUUAAAAGAUUCUAUGACAAGGAGGGUAUACUUUUAGACUAUAACAUGAUUCUCAAAAAUUCAGGUCUUCGAUCCUUGGCUAAGCUGAUGCUGAAUUCUUUCUGGGGCAAAUUUGGCCAACGUUCAAAUCUAGCACAAACGUCUUACGUAACAGACACCAAGGAGUUUUUUGAAUUUAUGACAAAUGACCAACAAACAAUCAAGAACAUCCAUUUUGUAAAUGAGGAAACAGUACAACUUGACUGGGCAUACAGUGAAGAUUUCAUUUCGGAUUCCUCUAGGACAAACGUUGUGAUAGCUGCAUACACAACGGCACAGGCCCGCCUUAAACUCUACAGCUAUCUACAGGGUCUGGGUCAACGCUGUCUAUAUACGGACACAGAUUCGAUAUUCUUUAUUUCAAAGCUUGGGCAGUGGAAGCCGCCACUCGGAGAUUUUCUUGGAGAUCUCACAGAUGAGGUUCCGGAAAAUAAAAUAACAAAAUUUGUCACCGGUGGUCCCAAAAAUUAUGCGUACAAAACAGAACGAUGUGACAAAAACGGUUACUUUUCGCUUUGCAAAGUCAAAGGGAUCACGAUGAAUUUUAAAAACUCACUCCAAAUCAAUUACAAUACAGUGGUCGAUAUGGUUAGGGGAUCAUCCCAAAGCCCAUCAGCUAUUCAAGUUCAGGACAUGAAAAUAUGCAGGGACAUAACACAAACUAGUGUAAUCACAAGACAAGAAACAAAAGACUAUAGACUUGUGUUUGACAAAAGAGUAAUCAAUGAGAAUUACCUUACCUAUCCUUACGGAUACUAAUGCAUUUGUGUAUACUUUUUACAUGUUGUUUAUAGCUGUUAUAAUAUUCUAUUGAUUUUGUUUCAAGUGUACAUGCAUCGAAUAUUGACAUGUUAAUACAUCAACAAUGUUGCAAUUCCGUUUUGUUUUCUCAUUUUGUUUUUAUUUACUAAAUAUGUUGUUAAUAAUUCAUGCAUAUAGUGAAUGUAAUAUGUUAACAUCAUCUGUAUGCCCCUAUGCCCUAUGGACAUUAAUGUACUCUUUUUCUUUUUGUAUGCCUUUGUUUGUUGUAUACAACUUGCUGAAAAUUUAAAUAUUCAUUUUAUUUCAUAUGUCGUAUACAUGUAUUGGA